GAGGAAUCUCGUCCGGCCCGCCGCCUCGAGUCUGUUCACAUCUGCGACUUUUCUGCCUCCGCUCGCUCUUUGCUUUUUUCCUGCUGCAACAUCCCACUUCUUCACCUGGGAAUUCUUACCAGACCGCAGGCGAGCGACUUCAGGGAGUUUUGCGCUCGUUCAGGUCAGAAAGCUCCCGGCAUAAUCUGGCUGUCUCUUGCGUCGCUUGAUUCCCCGCAGUUCCCACCGACGAUCAACGAUUCCUCGCCAUGUCCGAUAACAAGAACAAGCAGCAGCCCACGGUCGAGACGACUGUCACUGGCCCCGAUGGUGGAAGGCCAUCGACUGUGACAUCCGCCGAUGCCAGUCCGUCAGAAUCGGACCCUGUUCCAGAAACAGCAGCAGACCAAAUCGACGAUGGAAAGAAAGGGUUCUUUGCGUACUUUAAAACCAAGGAAUUCUACAUAACUCUAAUUCUGGGGCAAUUUCUUGCAAUCACAAACACCGGUACCAACACAUUCAACCAGAUGCUGGCGGACAAGCAAACCGAGAUCCCGGCUUUCCAGACAUUCUUCAACUACUGCCUUAUCAACAUUAUCUUCACUUCCUAUACCCUCUACAAGUAUGGCAUCAAGGGCUGGUUCCAGAUGCUAUGGAAGAACUGGUGGAAAUAUGUCAUUCUAUCUUUCUGCGAUGUCGAGGGCAACUACUUUAUGGUCCUCGCGUACCAGUACACCACCAUGAUGAGUGCCCAGUUGAUCAAUUUCUGGGCUAUCGUCAUUGUGGUCCUGGCGUCUUUCAUAUUCCUCCGCGUCCGCUAUCACAUUUCCCAGAUUAUCGGUAUCCUAAUCUGUAUCGGCGGUAUGGGCGUGUUGAUUGCGUCCGAUCACAUCCAGGGCACGAAUGGUGGAGAUAUUUCCCGAGGAAACCAGAUCAAGGGCGACCUUUUCGCCUUACUGGGAGCCACCUUCUACGGGCUGGCCAACACCGGUGAGGAGUAUUUUGUCAGUACCGCUCCUGUUUACGAGGUAAUCGGCCAGAUGGGCUUCUUCGGCAUGAUCAUCAACGGUGUACAAGCUGGUAUCUUCGACCGCGACUCCAUCAAAAACGCGCACUGGGACGGUCAAGUGGGCGGGUAUUUAGCUGGCUACACUCUGUGCCUGUCAAUAUUCUAUUCUACAGCGCCGCUCCUGUUCCGUCUCGCGUCAGCUGCCUUCUUCAACAUCUCUCUCCUCACUAUGAACUUCUGGGGUGUGAUCAUCGGCAUUGAAGUCUUCAAAUACAGUGUGCACUGGAUGUACCCAAUCGCGUUCGUUCUCAUUAUUAUCGGCCAGCUCAUCUACUACCUUGGUCGCAAAGUUCUGGGCGAAGCUCGCAAGCCUUGGCUUGGCCGGAACCAGGAGCGCGGGUUUGCUGGUAUUUUCACUGCGAAACGCAAAAUCGAAGCCAAUGCAGCGGCGUUGCGUACCUCCGCAGCCUGAUCGUGAGCCGCCUUCGCACCGUGUCUGUUAUAACAUCUCGGUCAGACGGUGUCAAGGUAGCCGCU